AGAAGCGACAAUUUCAUUUGGAAAUCUAAAUAUAUCUUCAGAUUGGAUAACAAGACUUCUCUGUCAUCAAGAAAUUUGGUUUUACUGCUGAUCGAGCAAGACAACGAGGAGAAGCUAAAAGCAUGGUACUUCACUCAACUGCAAGGCCUGAAGCAACGCAUUGACCAGCUUCCCAUUACGGAAAAUUAUUCGCUUCAGACGGACAUGGCACGCCGUCAGCUGGAGUAUGAGGCACGUCAACUACGGGAGGUAAUGCAGCAGCGUCUGGGUGCGUCGGAUGACAUCGGAGCGAGACACGAGGCCCGUAUGCAGCGCCUUUGUCUUAUAGAACGUGAGAUGCAGCGUCUGCAGCAACGUCGGGAACGGCAAGAGGCACAGGAGAACUCCGGUAAUGCCGACAACCACAACUCUGUGAAGCACGAGCCCAAUGCAAACACCGCCGGGAAUUCAAACUCUCCGAAGCACAGCACCCACAAUACCCCGGAGACAAAGCCCAAAGAACCUAAGAACACCUACAUCAACCCACCGAACGGGGUGAACCUGUCCGCCUUGUCCGGUCUGAAGACGGAGGAGAGCGACAGCCCGUACGCUCACCUCUCCGCCGAUGGUACGGUGCAGCAGAUCGUCGGAGCCGAGGCGCAGCAGCAACAGCAGGGUUACUCUGGACCUGCAAUACCGCCCACGAUGCUGCAUGGGACAUGGCCGUACGUUGGUGGAGCCAUGGCUAUUCACCAACGCCACAUUGUUAAGAGCUCCGCUAACGCCACAUCGUCAUCAUCCGAGCAGGAGACAUCCAGCGUGAUGAGCUUCAGCAGUUCAGCCUGUUCCUCUGGUCAAGGUCGAAGGUUACAACCAGGUCAGCUAGGGGCAAAGGUUGAGAUGGUGUAUUCUCUACUCUCCAUGCUGGGUACACACGACAAGGAUGACAUGUCACGUACAUUGCUCGCCAUGUCUAGCUCUCAGGAUAGCUGCAUAGCCAUGAGGCAAUCUGGUUGCCUACCUCUCCUGAUCCAACUGCUACACGGACCAGACAAGGACUCUCUCCUCGGGGACACACGAGGGAGUAAAGAGGCCCGAGCCAGAGCCGCUGCGUCCCUCCACAACAUAGUCCACUCCCAUCCCGAGGAGAGAUGUCGAAAGCAGGAGGCCAGAGUCUUGCGUCUCCUUGAGCAGAUCCGAGCGUACUGUGACUCACUCAGAGAGACCGAGGCUGAGGAUGGGUCAAAAGAUUGUGCAAUUGACACAAAUCCAGGACCAGCAAUGGCGGCUCUUAUGAAACUCUCAUUCGACGAGGAACAUCGAAGUGCAAUAUGUCAACUAGGUGGUUUGCAUGCCAUAGCUGAUCUUCUACAAGUGGACUAUGAAUCCAACGGCAAUACAACAGACCAGUAUGCAAUCACAGUCCGCCGCUACGCCGGGAUGGCCCUCACAAACUUAACCUUUGGAGACGCAGCCAAUAAAGCUCUCCUCUGCUCCAUGAAGGGAUGCAUGCGAUCCCUCGUGGCCCAGCUUGCCUCCGAAAACGAGGACCUCCGACAAGUUGCGGCCAGCGUACUCCGGAAUCUCUCCUGGAGAGCCGAUCUUGCCAGCAAAAAAAUCCUCCGCGAAGUCAGCACCGUAGGAGGCCUUAUGAAAUGCGCGUUGGAGGUCAAGAAGGAAUCAACUCUCAAAAGUGUGUUGAGCGCUCUGUGGAAUCUGUCAGCGCAUUUCACGGAGAACAAAGCUGACAUCUGUGCCGUGGAAGGUGCCUUGGAGUUUCUGGUUGCCACUCUGACGUACAAGAGUCCAUCGAGAACUUGGGCAGUAGUGGAAAACGGCGGCGGGAUCCUUCGCAAUAUUUCCAGCCACAUAGCGACGAACGAAGUGUACAGACAGGUGUUGCGCGAUCAUAAUUGCUUGCAGGUGCUGUUGCGCCAUUUGAAAUCCUCCAGUCUGACGAUUGUCAGCAACGCCUGCGGGACGUUGUGGAACCUGUCCGCCAGGAACAAAUAUGACCAGGAUUUACUCUGGGAACUCGGUGCGGUGAGCAUGCUCAAGAACCUGGUACACUCCAAACAUAAAAUGAUCGCAAUGGGAAGUUCGGCAGCCCUGCGGAACCUUAUGUCGGCCCGCCCCGACUUACUUAACACGAGCGAGAACCAUAAAGAGGGACCUCCGACCCUGCAUGUCCGCAAACAGCGUGCCCUGGAGGCAGAAAUCGAUAAGAAUCUCAGGGAGACCUACUCAAGUAUGGAGAAGGACCGUCACGCCUUGCAGCGUCGGAUACCCGUCCGGAAUCAACACCGGUCGCCUCAGAACUCUGCUGAUUAUUCCCCAGUGCCGCAGCGCAUCGCAAUAUGGAACCCUCAGCAGUCCCCAACCCAUGAACUUAUACUGAAUCAGCACCGGGAACGCUCCCACUCCCCCACUCCACGACAGGCCAACUCUAGGGAAGGAGGAGGGUCUAGCCAGCCUGCUCAUCCCAGAGACCAGGAUGUAAGGAAGCUGAGCAGUAGUGGUAGAAACGGUUCUGAUGUCGAACCGAAUCGAACAGACGAAGGGUCUCAGAACUCAUCAGGCACAGGAUCUUUGGAUAGCAACCACAAGCGGCAAACUGGGAGCAGCAGAAUUGCUCAGGUGAUGCAGGAAGUUGCCAUGCAUGCUGGGAUUGACGCACCAGGAGGUCAACAACCACAAUCAACUCAAUACACAGAUCAACAGUCGCAAGAGAGCAGUGAUAGAGAAGCACCCUUACUGGCCGGACAUCAACAGGGCCAGCAGCCGAGCGCUCACCCGAACUCGUACAACUUUGGAUUCCGGGAGUAUGACUCCAACGCACCACGUAGGGCUUCCAACGAGAGCAUCAACAGCAUCAAUAGUGACAUUUACCCCAUGGGGGCACACGCAAAGCAGCCCUACCCCAAACAGCAAAUGGAUCACUCCCAUUCCAUGGACGGAACCUUGAAUGCCUUAGAUCAACACCAGCGACACAAAGCGAUGUACCACCACAUGAGUCAUGGUGAUACGGGCGCGAACAUGGACUCCACUAUCAACUACAGUUUGAAAUACUCUGAUGAGAGUCUAACGCCUGCCCCGAGGGCAGGAAGUCAGAGGGAGGAGAACUAUCAACCGAAACAAUUGGAUUGCGGACAUUAUAAUAAGCAGAGCAACAGCGAGGAGAAGAAUCUGUCUAACCACGAAAAUCAACCCCAACCUGUGGUGCUCUGCCAGGAGUGCAAUACCCCACACAUGCAGAGGGAGGGGAUGGCGGUGGGCCACGCUUUCGUUCCCCCGCCCCAAGCGGACAGGAGUUACCCGAGCAACUACUCUGAACCGCCCACGAUACAACGGAAGAUGAUGCCGAUAAAUGACCCCUGUGGGCGUGACAUCGGCAGCGACAUGAACGAUGAAACACCCGUAGAUUACAGCCGUCAUAACUUGCCAGGACAUCUGAGGUCUAGAUUUAAUGAGGACGAUCACGAACAUUAUUCUAGUGAUCAACCAACAGAUUUCAGUCAACGCUACAACACAGACUUGCCAGAGGCCACAGCAGAGGGGAUUAAUUUUGUCCAGACGUCCCUUACAACCAAUACAACUGGUAACAUCUUCAUCAGCAACAGCGACAAGUCAGACAUUUCAGUCGGUAACCCGACAGAUAAUAACUCCUCUAAAGAUAACAACUCACAAGACCAGACCGAUCUCUUACGGAGUGAUAGUGUGGAAACCUCAGCCUCAAUCAGUUCGACCCAAACUGCGAUCUCCAGAGCCCAUGAUGACAAAACCCAGAUGUACUGCGUGGAAGACACACCAGUUGUGUUUUCUCGCUGCUCAUCACUGAGCUCAUUAGACAGCAAUGAGGUUGAUCGUCUCCUUGACUGCCAGGAGGAGGACCUCAGCCAGUCACAGCAAGACUUUGAAAACCAAUCCAAAGACAAGGUGCAAGAGGAACAUGACGGAGCUCCGAGCAUGGAUGAUUCACUUCAGAUUCUUCCAAGUGAGAUUCUUCCGAGUGAAAUGCCACCAAGUGACACAAUAGAAUCUGGUCUGCAGACACCGGCGAGCCUCAACCAGGUUCAAGAUACACCUCUUAUAUUCAGCCGCUGUAGCUCUGUAUCCAGUCUGAGCAGCUUUGAGGUCCAGUCAAUCUGCGAUGACCACAGCUCCUGCUACAGUGACAGCCGUCGUACGAGUGAGGUGGUCAGCCCCAGCGACCUACCUGACAGUCCGAGUCAGACAAUGCCUCCAAGUCCCAGACGCAAUCGAAAGCAAGCACCCAUUCAGGUUUCCUCAUGUGAUCCUGAGACUGUAGGGAUGCUUCCAGAGUGCGAAGAGAAUCUUUUGACGUAUGCCACGGAAGGUACGCCCGCUGACUUCUCUUGUGCUACGAGCCUAAGUGGCCUGACCAUUGAUGAUGAUGAGAAGGCUGUAGCUACACGGCAAAUUGAUGACGAUGAAAACAACCGAGGCUCAUCGGAUACAAAUAACCCAAGAGAAGUCAGAAGAGAUCAUGAAGUUGAGUGUGAGGAAAUUUCUGAGAGAGAGCAAAGUAUGCUUGAUGAAUGUAUUAACUCGGCCAUGCCACCCAAAAAGAGCACGUUGUCCUUAAAGCCGAGUAAGAUUAGAAGCCGUAAUGUUGUGCCAGUGCGGUCCAUCAAGGCUCCACAGCAAAAUGGAAAGCAUGUGAGCUUCAGCCAGCAAGUUUGCAGCCAGGAAGCCCCCAACUCCUAUGCCACAGAAGACACACCAAUCAACUUCUCUACAGCUACUUCUUUAAGUGAUCUGAGCAUUGAGGACAUUGACAUCCAGACGACUGGAGAAGGAAGGCUUCUGGUAAAUAAUCCGUUGUCAAGUAGUGAGACGUCUCCAGACACAACAACAAAACAAGUUGGAAAGGCUGAGGAGAUGAAAUCUGAAUCCAGUUCAGUCAUCAAUGAUGCUGAAGACUCUAUGCUUGAGGAGUGCAUCAACUCGGCCAUGCCCAAGGCUCGUUUGAACAAACCAAGAUCAUCUCAGCUACCUAAGCAUCGUGGAGCAAAGGGUCUUUCUAAAAUGCGGAGCCCCAAGCCCAGUGGCCUUCCACGGAAGAGGCUCCCGUCUGCUGGAGUAAGACACAAGAGUCCGUCGCCAAUACCUGAAAUGGGCCCAGAGUAUCAGACUGCUUCCAGCAGCCAAGAACGGGUCCAGCAGUGGCAGAAUGGGUUAGGAGGAACCUCGGACUCGAUGAGAGCUUUUUGUACCGAAGGAACUCCACAGCAGUUUUCCACCGCGACAUCUCUUAGUGGCCUCUCCAUGGACUCACAUAACCAGGAAGAUGUCUUAAACGGGAAUGUGACGGCACAGGUAGAGGAGCAUGAACAGGCCAAUAUGAAGGAACAAAAAGAAAUUGUCAAAGCCUCUCAAAUAGAUUCCCCGAAACAGUAUGCCGUAGAAGGAACACCGAUGUCUUUUUCCAGAAAUGAUUCACUAAGCUCUCUCAGUUGCGAUGAUGAUGCUGACUUAUUCAAGGCGAAAAAAGACCUAAAGGAAAACACAGAUUCAAAAGAAAGGGUUAGACAGCGGCAGGAUGAACGAGGUACUCCCGCAGCCCGUCCACAAUCUUCACCAGCUAGGAGUCUCUCAAAGCUGCCACAACCUUCUUCAAAGAUUGCUCAACUGAGGAAAAGACCAGACAACAAAUCAGGCAUCAAUGUAAACAAAUUCAGUAAUGCGGAGCAACCAUCUCCAAGAGGACAGCUCUCAGGCCAGAGAGUUAGCAACUCCAGCUCACCUUAUGAUUCGCCGCAUGUAUUCAACAUGGAGGGAACUCCCAUGUCUUUUUCAAGGAAUGACUCCUUGAGCUCUCUAAGCUGUGAGGAAGAUGCCGAUCUCCAAACUGAUCAAACAAAUAUCAAGUCUAGAUUUAUGUCAAGCAACCAGGUUGAUCAAGCCCAAGAGACUGCUCUGAAUGACCAAGCAGCUCGUUCAAGAUUUGGUAGACCAGCACCAAGGAAAGGAAAAUCAAAGCAAAGUGAUGACCAGGACAUUGACAGCGGGCGCUCACAGUCUGCAGAUACCCCUGUCAAGUUUUCUGUCGAGGACACCCCAGUUUGCUUCUCCAGAAACUCAAGUCUCAGCUCACUGAGUGAUGAAGAUCAGGAUGAAGAACAGCUCGAAGACGAGUCGCCAAAUCAGGAUCCGUCUCACACGAGUGUCUUUGCCGUCGAGGACACUCCCCUGUGUUUCUCUCGGAACAGCUCCUUAAGCUCGCUGAGUGUGGAAUCUCUGGACGGGGAGACGAGUGCUAGUGAGCAGGCACUUCUUGACGAGUGCAUCAGCUCGGCAAUGCCACGCGGUCAGGGAAAGAAAUCCAACCGAAAACAACGCUCCAGAGUCGGCAAAAAAACAGAAACAGAAACGGGAGACUCGGGCUCUGAUAUUGCAGUUAAUGAGGAGGUAGAGGAGUCACAAUUGUCUCCCCUGUCACCAUCUGAAGAUGCCAGCUCUGAAUUUUCUGAAGUAACUGAGCAAAUGCCGGAAGAGGUCAAACCACGUCGUGGCCCAAGGAUAACUAAACCAGGUGAAGGAGCGGGGAACUCACAGCAGGAGACGGAAGACAAAGGUGUCAGAGGAAGAAAGAAGACAUACAAAAGUCCGAUAUCAAAUGCAUCUCGUUCGGUGACAGUGCCAAAAAGUGUCCAGCCAUGCAAGACACAACCAAAGGUUGGUGUACAGAAGGGUCCCAAGGUGAAUGCAACCAAGACCACUACAGCAAGUGUGAGAAGUACUACUCCAAAUAGAUUGACGCCUAAAGGUACAAACACACCAACUAGAAGCACUACCCCAGUCAGAGCUGCCACCCCAACCAGAUGUGAAGCUAACUCUCAAGGAGUGACCACCACCAAACCAUUACCUAUAAACACAGACACUUUCACAAAGAAAAAGAACUUGGUAACUUCUAGGAGUAUCACACCACCACGGAAGCCAAUACAGUUAACAGCAACAGCAACAGCAACCAAGAGUCUUGCAAAUAAACAAGCAUCUUCCAAGCCACAGGCAGGAAGUAAAGUUACCCAGCCGUGCCGUGAUCCGAGUCGGUCAGUUCCUACAGCAAAAUCAAAUUUGUCUUCUAAAAGCUCACCCAGUUCUUCCAGAAACACUUCCCCGUCUUCGCCGGCCAGUCGGUCUCCACGGGGCUCUGUCAGCAGUGUUACCUCCCGCACAGGACCGGCAGCCAAGAGCACCUCACUGAGUCCAGCACGGAGUCCUCUGUCAUCAAGGACCACCUCUCCUAGUCCUCAUACCACAGCCAGCACCAGGAAACCAUUGACAGGAUUGACGAAAACUGCAGCAGGCCGAGGGUCUGGGACGACAUCACCCGCACCCAAAACUGGUCUUUCAAACCGAAGUUUAUCCCCGAGAAAUAGUGUCACUGGAGUUCCACAGAAAAAUUCCUCCCCAAGGAGCAGCUUAUCCGGGCCUGGAUCAAGGAGUGUCUCACCCCGCAAUAGCGUUUCAGGAAGUGGUGCAAAAACUACUUCCCCAAGGUCUAGCAUUUCAGAUACAUCUACUAGGAGCCUCUCCCCAAGAAACAGCAUUUCGGGUAUCCCAGCGAGAAGUGUUUCGCCAAGAAACAGAACACCAGGGAAGGCCCCCGUGCGAAAAGCCAGUAGUUCUCCAGGCCCAGCUGAAAAGAAAACCAAUGGUAAUCCAGGCCAGGGAGAUAAGAAAGUGAACAGUUCUCCAGGACCGGGAAACACUAAAUCUAACGGUUCUGCAGCCCCAGGCGAUAAGAAAGUUGGUGGUUCACUGAUCUCAGGAGAGAAGAAGGCAACUCUUGUAAAGGCAAAUGCUGAUUCAAACGAGUUCUUUCUGAGCAUAGAUUCACCAAGACCAUUGCUGGUGAAACAGUGGACAUUCACUAAGGAGAGUGCCUCGCUGCCAGAGCAUACUCCAGAGAACAACGUGGAGAGUGCCUCGCUGCCAGAGCAUACUCCAGAGAACAACGUGGGGAGUGACUGUGAGGCUGACAAAGCUUUUCCAGAAAUAGCUGAAAAGGAAGAGAUCAUCGAAGAAAACGAAGACGUGUUCAGUCCAGACGAGCCUGCUGAAGAGGAAUGUGUCAAGGAUGAGGAUAAGGACGCUGAAGAGAUGACUUCUCCUUCAUCAGCCGGUGGUGGGUGGAGAAGGAUAUCGGUCGACAGUGAACAAAGCGUCUCUGACAAAGGGCAGAAACCGGCAGGUACCACCAAGACGAAGCCAUCUUGCAGUGUUAGUAAUAUACCACCAACUUCACGAAAAACGCCCCUCAGUGCUGUGAAGCCUGCUGUAAAAACAGUGGUAACAGAAAGGACUUCCAUAAGAACUAAUCCCACAAAGACAGCCCCCAAGUCUCCGGCUUCGGUUCAGAGGUCUAGAAAAGAAACGCAACCAGCCCCUUCGUGGAAUAGCAGUGUGACAGCUCCGAAAAAUUGGGGAGGUUCUAAAGGGCGAUCCAGUAGUCCCUCUACAGGAAAUGCUAGAUCACAAAGCCCACUGACGAGUAAAAGUCGAUCGCAAAGUCCAAAAGUGGCAAGGGCUAAUUCAAGGGAAGAGCAAGGAAGAAAUUCCCCAAAGUCCUUGGAGAAGCCGAGAGACCUCUGCAAAGAAUUUGACAUCCCUGUAAAAAAUUAUGGAGGAAAUGUUACCUCGCCAGUUUCAGCCUCAAGCCAAGAUGGUGUUUGGGUCAAGAGAGAUGAAUCGACAAGGGCAUCCACACGUAGUAUCAGCUCUAUUUCAAGGCAGAACAGCUCCACUCAUAGUUUACAAAGUCAAACCAGUCACACAGGGUCGGCAAGAAGUGUGAAAUCCUCGAACAGUGUGACGACGUCAACAAGUUCCUCUGCUUCCAAACACCUUCAGAAUCAGAAACAAUCCAGUCAGGUUGAGAAACAAAACGCCGCUAUUAAACAGGGCAAGGAGACGGCGGACAAAAAGGCGGACAAGAAGAAGUUUUCUUUCCUGAAGUUGAAAAUAAAAGGGAAGAAAAUGGAGGCUGAUGACUCGAAACAGAAAUCAAAAAGCGACAAGAAGAGGAAGGCCCAAGGGAAGGGGAAAGGUGGAGAUCCUAACCAGAUUCUGAGCCCGGAGUCGGACUUGACAAGUCCAGAAACGGAUCAUGAAGGGAUUACACUUGAUCAAAGACUGGACCAUUUAGGACCUUGGAACAGCGAUGAUAACAUUGACAAUGAGGUAAUGCCGGAUGAGUUCGUUGAGUGGGACAGUGAGACUGAUAUUUUCAAAGAGGAACUCCCUGAUGAGUAUCUGUUUGAGAGUGGCUCUGAAGUCCCGAGUGAUUUGACGAGUCCCGACAGCCCCUGCAAAGGUGCUUAUCAGAUCGAGAAUGGCAACCGCACGGACGACAGCCCUUCACCAGAAUUCAAACAAUUCAGACUGGAAAAUCGGUUGAACUCCUUCAUCCGAAUGGACAGUGCCGAGAACGAAGGUGACUCGGAGAGUACACACUCUGCACCCGUCAUGGGGGAGACGAAGAACGGCCGUAGCAAGAGCGUCUCGGACGCCUCUCCGAUGUACACAUCAGGAAGUCAGUCUCCUCCACGGCCGCAACGCCUCCGACUUCCUAAGAAGCCAUUCGGGAUAAAUCGUAGCGACAGCUCGCCCACCACCGCCAUCCCCGUCUUGGUGUCGCCCUUCAACUACAGCCCGAGUAAGCGGAGUCAGAGCGAGCCUCAGAGUCCGGACAUGGCUCAGCGGCGAUUCCAGACCCACCACUCCUACAGCUUUCAGGAGUCCAGGGACUACGCUCAGCGGUACGGACGCUACAAGCAGCGACAAGAUGGCCCCCAGGAGGAGAUCGGAUGCAGUAGUGAAGAUAGUGAUUUGAUUAGCCCUACUUUAUCAUCAAGGGUGACUACGGUAUGAAGGCCAAUCAAAUCCAAAUACCUAAUGGUAAAGCAGCAAUUUUCCAUUGAAAACUGGUAAGCUACUUUUUUCAUAGAGGUUGGCCCAAUUUCAUAAAGCUGCUUAAGCACAAAAGUUAGCUUAUAUGCAAAACAAAAUUAUGCUAACCAGAAUAAGGAUAACAGUCAAAAUACCAUGUCAGAUGUAUCAUUUGUGACUGGUAUCCUGCUCAUUAUUGAUAAGCGAGAAUUUUUGGAGCUGUCGUUUCUGCUUAAGCAGCUGCAUGAAAUGAGGUCUGCUGAGCACAGAACAAUGUUGCUUAGCAGCAUCGGGUCAAAUGGCCAUGUAGUGUAUGCACACUGUACAUGACUGUAUUCCUGCUCUCUAUUGUGCUUAGCAGCACAGGGAAGUUUUGGGCCCAUGCCAUAUUUGUAAGCAGUGAAUUCUGCAUUCACUAAGCAAUAUCGUGAUGAUACAACUUUAAAUUUUGCCAAGAUCGUACAAAAAACAUCAACGUUAAAAGCUUAGAUGUACAAAGGUUAAAAAUUACAUGCUAUCGAACAUGCGUUAGCAAUCAAUUUGUAUUAUUAUUAUUAAUAAUGAUAAUGGCAUGCACUGACAAAGCGCAUUGUGCUAAAAGCCUUCUUCUUUUUUUUGUAUAAGUUAUCACACAAGCGCGAGUGGAAUACGAAAAAAUAUAGCGCUUCUGC